GAAGCUUGUUUGGUAGUGGGAAUUUCGUGGGUUUUGUCGAUUGCUCAAGAUUAGGGUUUAGAGGUGUUUUAUGUAGCUAGGGUCGGAUCUGUGCAUGAGUAUAGAGUUCAUGAAUUGAUCGAGGAGGUGAUAUUGUCGUCGCGUCCAGCGGAACGUUGUCGGCGUGCUGUCGCGACGGUGAUGUUGGGUUCUAUUCGUUGAUGUAGAGUCACUUGAAGGCGCUGUCUCGUGGAGGCGAUGACUCUUUAGAAAAUCCGGUGCAAAAAUAAAAUAAAAUGGCGGAAGCAUUUUUCAACAACAUUGGCUCCAAAAUUGAGACGUUUUUCGGAGGUGGCGAUUCGCUGCCUUGGACAGAUUCGGAAAUGAUUGCCAGCUGCGAAUUAGAGGCAUCUGGCGAAAAGGCUGCAGUGUCCGGUGAUAACAAUGACAGCAUCAUGCGAUUGGCAUGGGCUCUUGUCCAUUCACGCAAUCCACCGGAUGUUCAGCGUGGUAUUGCCAUGCUAGAAGCUUCAUUGGCAGGUGUGGGAGCUCCCAUGCAGAAGAGAGAGAUUUUGUACUUGCUGGCAGUGGGCCAGUUCCGAGCUGGUGAAUAUGCGAGGAGCCGGCGUCUUCUUGACCAAGCUCUUCAAAUUUCUCCCGAUUUCCGACAGGCUGCGGGGCUGAAAAAAGUGGUCGAGGAUAAAAUUGCGAAGGAUGGUUUGGUUGGAGUUGGCUUGGCGGCUGCUGCAGUGGGUGUGGUAGCUAGUGGCAUUGCGGCUGCUGUAAUUGGCAGUCGCAGGAGAUAAAUUUGCUUCUUGCCCCAGCGAGAUUAGUUGAUCAGCAAUUACUACUUCCCAGAUUUUGUAGCUGUCGGUAGCUGAUUCAAGUUAAUAGAAUGGCGUGUAACGAGGUAUCAAUAAAUAGCCAGGAAUAAUAUAAAGGGCUUUUCUUUUCCUUUUUGUGACGUUUUGUAGAUACAGAUGAAAAUAAUGUAGAGAGCUUGUAUUUUCUGGGAAAGCUGGUAUACCUUCCACAGUGUGGGGUUUGAUAUCUGGCUUUGAUUUUCAUCAAAUUUUAGGGGCUUCUAGCAACGAAUAUGUUACUGGUAAUUGUCUGUCUUUUCACCUUGAAUGUUCUGAUUAGAUUUUCUUCUUACCUCAACAGGGCUUACUUGGUCUUCCUGAUUUCAAGAAAUUGUAUUAUACUAAAUCUCUAGUAACAUCAAUAUACACUACCUUUCGCUUGAA